CAUCCGCCUCUCGCCCGCCAUGUCGAGUCAACAAUGCCUCCGCCGCCUGCCCAGCGCCGUGCGCGCCUCAGCCCUGCGCGCAGGUGCUCGCUCCGUCGCCCGCGCUCCCGCUGCUCGCAGCUACUCUGCCAUCUCGCGGGCUACCGCUUCUGGCCUUCUGGCCCAGGCUUCAAGACGGCCCGCACAGCCCGCGACACAACGCCUGUGGACCCUCGACCAGACACGAAGCUAUGCCGACGUCACUACCGUCAAGGUCCCGGAGAUGGCCGAGUCCAUUACCGAGGGUACCCUGAAGCAGUGGUCGAAACAGAUCGGCGACUACGUUGAGCAGGACGAGGAGAUUGCCACCAUCGAGACCGACAAGAUCGAUGUUUCCCUGAACGCGCCCCAGGCCGGUACCAUUAAGGAGUUCCUCGUCAACGAGGAGGACACCGUCACCGUCGGACAGGAUGUUGUCAAGCUCGAGGUCGGCGGCGCUGCGCCGUCUGGUGGAGAGAAGGCCAAGGAGGAGCCCAAGGAGCCUGCCUCCAAAGACCAGGAGACCGCAUCGCAACCCUCUGGCGAGCAGGAGCAGGCCAAGGAGCAGACGCAGAAGCAGCCCGAGCCCAAGAAGGAGGAGUCGAAACCCGAGCCUCCCAAGCAGGCGUCGAAGCCCCAGCCCCCCAAGAAGGACUCGAAGCCUGCGCCCGAGGAGUCCAAGCAGACCCAGCCCGGCAGCCGCGGAGAGAACCGCGUCAAGAUGAACCGCAUGCGUCUCCGCAUUGCUGAGCGCCUCAAGCAGUCGCAGAACACGGCCGCCUCGCUCACCACCUUCAACGAGGUCGACAUGUCGUCCAUUAUGGAGUUCCGCAAGCUCUACAAGGACGAGAUCCUCAAGAACAAGGGCGUCAAGCUCGGCUUCAUGUCCGCUUUCUCGCGCGCCUGCAUCCUGGCCAUGCGCGACGUCCCUGCCGUCAACGCCUCCAUCGAGGGCCCCAAGGGCGGCGACACCAUCGUCUACCGCGACUACGUUGACAUCUCCGUCGCCGUUGCCACCGAGAAGGGCCUCGUGACGCCCGUUGUCCGCAACGCCGAGAGUCUCGACAUGGUCGGCAUCGAGAAGGCUAUCGCCGAGCUCGGUAAGAAGGCGCGCGACAACAAGCUCACCAUCGAGGACAUGGCCGGCGGCACCUUCACCAUCUCCAACGGCGGCGUCUUCGGCUCCCUCAUGGGCACCCCGAUCAUCAACCUGCCCCAGACCGCCGUCCUGGGUCUCCACGCCAUCAAGGACAAGCCCGUCGCCAUCAACGGAAAGGUCGAGAUCAGGCCCAUGAUGUACCUCGCUCUUACAUACGACCACCGGCUGCUCGACGGCAGGGAGGCUGUCACGUUCCUCGUCAAGAUCAAGGAGUACAUUGAGGACCCCAGGAAGAUGCUGCUGUAGGAUGCCAUUUAGCCAGUGGGCGAGAAGAUGUAGUUCUCUUUUGUACAUUCAUGUAGCUUGAGCGCAGCCGGUCGAUAGCUGGCCAAUUGGCGUGUACGAUUAGUUGGUCAAUUGCAUAAUGAGCGUUCUGCCAUCAUCUUCAUGUCCACGUGCUUGCUUCUCACUUUUAUGUAUGGGCUGUGUGAUUGGUUGGUUAACUGCAUAAUGAGCGUUCUUCCA